GUCGCUGGAGAGCUUAUUUACUUAAACGUUUUAGUAAACGAUGCAGGAGGUCUUUCUCGUUAUUUUCACAUCGAUUCCACUAGUGCCGAAGUCCUCACGGCGAGUAAAACCGCUUGUGCGCUUGUUAUUAAAUUAGAGGAAUAUUUUGAUA